UCGUGACCAAGUUCGCAAGAUGGAGCGUAGCGGUAGUGUAGCGAUGGCAGUGACCUUUACCGGAUUUCUCGUGCUGUGCUGUGGGCCCGUUUUGGCCAGUCCGGUGCGUUCCGGUCCGAGCAGAAUUGUGCGUGAAGCACGACCACAGUUUGUAUUCGGCGGAAAUGGUGUCUUUCCGAGUGGUCCCGGUAUCGGAGUGCAGACACCGAUCGCUGGCGCACAUUUGGGUCUGACGUCGGGCCUAACGGUGAAUGUCGGUCGUCAGCCAGCAUUCGGCCAGCCACAACAGGAGCAGCCACAGCAGCAGGUUCCAGUGCAACAAGCAGCAGUAGUACCAACCGCAACCGAGCAGUCGCCACCCAGCGUCGAGAGUAGUCCUUCGGUUGUUGUUCCUCCGGCAAAGGAGGAAGGUCUCGGUACGCGUAUCGACGGUGAGGCGGCUCCGGCCACUACGGAGAUACUCGAGGAUCAUCCGUGCUACAAUUACGAUCCGACAGCCGCCCAGGAUGCGCCAGCGGAUGGCACGACAACCGAACAUCCGUGUGCCGGUGUCGGUGCUGGUAACAAGAUAAACCCGAAACAGGCGGCCCUCCUUUCACUCGUUGGAUGAGCGCACCCCACCCGGG